AUGUUGGAAGAAAUACUUACGGAACUCGUGACGAAGGCAGGAGACGAAUUGGAACACUACUGUUCAGAACUUUUAAAAACUGUGAACAAGGAAGAUGUAUCGAAAACAAUAAAUGCUGAUGAGAAGAAGAGUAUGAUGAGUCUUAUCAAUAACACAAUGAAAUGGAUAGAUGGGAACCUUGAUAGCUGUCAAAGCGCGUUUGAAGAGAAGAAAAGCGAACUGGAGAAAAUUUAUUCAAAAGUACUCGAUAAAAUGAGCAAAGGUAAAGACGAAAUGCCUGGCGGUCCAGGAGAAGCAGCUGGAGAUGCUGUUGAAAAAUAA